UUGUGACCAACAAUUUUCAUCAGCGGCUGAAGACAACGAAUCGGAAGUUUUCGAUCCGGAACCGGUAGCCACAGACCACCAAACCGGUAGUCCGGCGCCGCUCAGUCCCACUCAUAAUGUUGUGAAACAAAUCAAAGGUUUGGCCGAAGCGCUGGCCAAACGCGGCGAAGAUGUCAAACGCCGUAUCAGCCAAACAGCCGUCCAGACGUCCAGCGGCGAGGAUACCGGACUCAGGGGUUCAAUGAUUUUCGAAGAGGAAUGGAUGCAAAACAUGGACAUCACUACUACUACUACUACCAACACUGGUUUUAGUUUACCAUUAAAAUGGAGAUCAUUGUUCGGUGAAUGUUGGUACAGGUGCCGGCACCGGGAGUUGGGUGCCUUUGAACCCCAGAGUACUAUCUAUAUUAGUUGGCUAUUUGUUGUCAGUUUAGUUUUCAUCUACAAUUCAUUCAGUAUAUUCCUCCGAAGUGUCUUUCCCAUUGAAAAUCAUAAUAAUAGAUAUAUAUUUUUUAUAAUCGACUACACCUGUGAUGCCAUUUAUCUAAUGGAUAUAAUAUGUUUCAAAAUGCGGUUGAAAUUCAUUACCGACGGCCAAUGGAUGGACGAACCGCGGCUCAUACGCCGUCACUAUUGCCGCCGCAGGCGUUUCGUUUACGAUACACUAGCACUGCUGCCCAUAGAUAUCCUAUUUUAUCUAUACUACGGUACCGAUUGGCCAGUAUUACGGCUGACCCGAUUGUUUCGGCUGAUAAAAGUCGGAACGUUUUGGGAAUUUUUCGCCCGCAUCGAUAUGGUUACCAAAUUUCCGUAUUUAAUCCGUAUUAUUCAUACACUAAUCUAUAAGAUAUUUCUAAUACAUUUGAGUUCGUGUGCCUAUUAUCUGAUGUCCUACUGGGAGGGCUUUGGAGCCACGCCCUGGACUUAUAAUAAUAAAGGAAAUGCCUAUUUGCGGUGCUUUUAUUUUGCAUUCCGUACGGCCACUUCAAUCGGUGGCCGUAUGCCUAAACCUAUCAACGAUAUCGAGCGUAUCUAUAUGAUAGUCAGCUGGCUUAUGGGUGUAUUUGUAUUUGCCCUCCUAAUCGGCCAGAUCAGGGACAUUGUAGCUACGGCUACCCAGAACCAGACCCGAUACAAAGAGUUUAUGAACAAAGCUGUCAGAUACAUGAGCAAUAUGGAUCUGCCAAAAUAUCUACAGAAGCGGGUACGCCUAUGGCUAACCUAUACAUGGAGUCAACAGAAAACUUUCGAUGAAACCAGUUUCCUGGGGUUUUUACCGCUGAAAAUGCAAACCGAUUUGGCCCUAUCCAUACACUACCAUACCCUGAGUCGGGUAGAGAUAUUUAAAAAUUGUGAACGAACAUUGCUCCGGGAUCUGGUACUCAAGUUCCGGUCGGUACUCUACUUGCCCGGUGAUUAUGUAUGCAAAAUUGGUGACAUUGGCCACGAAAUGUAUAUUGUCAAUACGGGACAGGUAUGCGUCAUGGAUCCGGGCGAUGAUAAGAAAAUCAUAGCUACACUAUGUGAGGGAUCGGUAUUCGGCGAGAUAUCCAUUCUAGGUAUACCCGGUUUCAACAAACGUACGGCCAAUGUCCGAUCGGUCGGCUAUUCCUAUCUGUUUGUAUUAAGCAAAUCGGAUCUAAUGGACACUCUGAAAGACUAUCCGGAAUACAAAGAAAAUCUGAUGCAAAGGGUUCGCAAACUAAUGAAAUGUCGGGAAACUGUCGACGAAAAGACGAAAACUAUGGAUCAAAUUGAUGUCGAAUGUGUAGUCAAUAUGCCGGCGCCGCCGCACCUGAAAAGGCCGUCCACACCCAGACUAGUGCACACAGUUAUGCAAAUGAUGUCCUCCUCAUCGGCGACGGCCGCAACAUCCGCAUCGGCACCCGUAUCGGCCCGAAUCGGUCAACUAUUAAGUCGUGGUUCGCGAUCAUCGCAUUCAUCAGUAUCGAUGCCACCGUUGUUGGCCACCAACACCACCACUACCGCUGCCGCCGCCGCCGCGACAGUCGCUGCCAAUCAAUUUCAAGACAAUCCAUCCAUUAUUAUUGACAAUACCGUCGAUGCCAUCGAUACCACCACCACUACUACCACUACUGUUGUCGAUAUCAGUGAAGUCGAGGCCAUCGAUGGUAUUGUCAAUAAUACUGAUUUUUUUGAUGAUAACAAAUCACUGGUUGAUAAUACACUAAUUAAUGAUAUUAUUUAUGAUGUAUAG